GUGUCCAGCGUUCGCUGCGUCGAUUUCCUGUGGAUGAAGUUGCUGAUUGUUAGAUAGAUUGAUUGGCGGUAAUUAAGUGGUCGGUUUUUCGCCGCGAUGCUGCAGUGGAUCCACAGGAGUCCUCAGCACUGGCACGAGUUCAUCAAUCAUGAGGUUUGUGUCACGAAUCGGGAUCAGCAGCGCUUUGAGGGUCGCGUGUUCACCGUGGACCCCGUCUCCGCCAGUGUGGUGCUGGUGAGCGUCCAGGAGAACGAGUGUCCGUCGGUGAGGGUGAUUCUGGGUCACGCGGUGACCGAUGUCCAGAUCCUCAGGAGAGGAACAGAGGAAACGGAGCGUCAGAUGAAGAGCGUCUUCCUGCCGGACCGAGCACAGGAUCUCAGCGCGGAGGAGCUGAAGUCUCGACGGGAGAGUGUGCGUCUGUGGCUGGAGAAGAACCGAGUCCCGGUGACUGAAGAUGGAGAGCUUCUGUGUGUGGCGAACGCUCUGACCAUCAGCGCCCCCUACAGGCCUGGAGACUGCAGCAGCACCAGCGAGAUCAUCCUGUCUCGCAUCCAGAGUCUAGUGGAGAAGCUUCCUUCACCCAAGGAGAACAUCCCAGGACAUCAAGCACAGCUUUCACGAUCAAACAUCACUUCUGUGUUACAAACUCAAUAGCUCUUGAUUCAUGUAACGUUGUAAAUGUUUCCUGAUGAAUGAAAGAGAAAUUAACCUUUUUGAAACUUG